GGAACAUAAAAUAUUGUCACAAAUAAAAGGACAUAAAAUACAUGAAUCCAAGACUGUCUGAAUCCAAUGUACAUUCAAUGAAUAAUGAUGACACAUUGAAGCUGAACAAUUCUCUGUGAAUAGAUCUGCACCUUUGAAGGAAACACUACCAUCUUCUUCUGGUUUCUUAUUGUUUAUUUUAGGUUGUAGUCUUUACCACGUCCAUUUCAAUGAAUUGGUUUUGCUUCAGACCAAAGACUAAACCAGAAAAAUCCGCUCUUCUUGCUCUGGAGACAACUUUUACUGUGAAUGAGGUUGAAGCUCUAUUUCGCUUGUUUAAGAAGCUAAGCAGUUCAAUUGUCGAUGAUGGCUUAAUUCACAAGGAGGAGUUCCAACUUGCUCUUUUCAGAAAUGGUUGCAAGCAUAAUCUAUUUGCAAGCAGGGUAUUUGAUAUGUUUGAUAUUAAGUGUAAUGGAGUAAUUGACUUUGGAGAAUUUGUUCGCUCACUGAGCGUCUUUCAUCCAAACACACCUGAAGAGAAGAAAAUUGAAUUUGCAUUUAAAUUGUUUGACCUUCGGCAGACUGGAUACAUAGAGUAUAGUGAAUUAAAGGAGAUGGUCUUGGCUAUUUUGACUGAGUCAGAUGUUACAGUUCCAGAUGAUGAUGUUGAAUCCAUUGUGGAGAAGUCAAUGAAGGAGGUCGACACAAAAGGAGAUGGGAAGAUUGAUGAGGAAGAGUGGAAAUUGUAUGCAACAAAAAAUCCUUCUCUUUUGAAGAUCAUGACCCUACCAUAUCUAAAGGAUAUAACCAUGGCCUUUCCCAGCUUUGUUUUGCACACCGAGGUGGAAGACUAGCGACAAGUACUUGGAGAUCGAGGCACCUCAAAGAUUGCAGCUAUAGAUCUGAUAGAGUUACUACCUUAAUACCUUGUACAAUGUGUUGAAAGAACCAUUAACCACUGUAGUGCUCCCUGCGGCAAUUAUAAAUAUAGGUUGCCUGCCUAACUUCAAUGAAUAAACUUACUGUGUGCCAUGUACUGAACUUAGUUUAGCUUCAGUAAUUGUUUAUCUAAUGUCAUCUUAAAGGAUAUAGAUACACCGAUGGAUGAUUUUGUGCA